AUGCUGAAAAAUUGUUUGAGGAAAUUGGGAGAUUAUCAAACGAGAUGUUCAAUAAAAACGUUACAUACCCCAGUCUAUAGGACAAAAAACCUUCAGGUUCUCAGAGAUAUGCUCUCCGGUAUCAAACUGCUGGAAAAAAUAAUAACAUCAUCCUCCUACAAUAAAACGUUGAUAUAUGAACCUAAGUAUAAAUCUAGGCCACAGGUCGUUAGUUCGCAUGACACUUUGAGACUACAGAACGUAAUGCGUGAGUUAGUAGAUUCCCUACAGGUGGAUGAAGCUAUCAACACAAGGCUUCAAUCAAAUAGAUCACGAAAGCUGGGUAGGGUUGGCCUUCAGCUGUUCAUGGAUUGCAUCCGGGAAAACUUAACGUCAACUUCAACAUCUUUGACAUGUUCCUUACUGGAGUACUAUUUCAAAUAUCCCGAGAAGGAAGUGAUCAAUGGGAUUAAAACCGGAUUGCGAUAUAUCAGAGAUUUUCUCGAGAAAAACAAGAUUAUGGUGAAAAGUCAAAACAAUAUUGUUGCCCUGGUUGAACAAUUCGCUCUCUCCUCUUCGGAUAGCCAAAGCGUCAAAAGGGUUCUAAAAGCCAUUGACUAUGAAUUGUUUUCGGAUGAUAUCGUGCGAGUCAUAAACGGCAAAAAGACUUACGAUGAGGUUGAUAUAUUCAAAGGUUGGAAAUAUCCAGCUGGUAUUUUAGAUAGUAACGAGUCCUAUUUAAGAUCCUUGGAGUUACCUACUAAGAAACUAGUUUCUAUUGAGAAAGAUAUGCUAGUUCUUAUGUAUGAUGGAACAUUACGAGACGCUAAUAAGAUUCUACCCACAAUAACGUACGCAAGAAAGUUGAAAAAAUCUGUCCUUUUAAUCGUCAACGGAGAUUGCACAGGUGAUGCUUUGACAUCCAUUACAAUUAAUAAUAACAGAAACAAGAGAGAAAAUAAUGAAAGCCGAAUUGUGGUUGUGAAGUAUUCGGAAAAGGCGAACAAUAACUUAGCGCUACAAGAAAACCAUGAUUUUAUAAAAUUUUUAAGGUUACCUUGCGGAUAUGAUAGCAUCUACUCACCAGAAUAUAGCCCGUUAGUGCCAAGUAAAAUGUGUGCAGACAAAUAUUAUGGCAAUGUUGAAUCCAUAAAGGCAACCACAGGGGAGGCAUUCCUAUAUAACUCCAUUGGUACUGAAGCACUUUCAAAUAAAGUUCCAAAAUCCUUCCUCCAAAAAACGGUCACUUUAAGCAUUGGUGGACAUAAUGAAAUCGAAAUCGACCAAAGAAGAAAUGCUCUAGAUAAUUUCUUGAAUAACACCUUAUGUCACGGGCUGGCCAAAGGGUUCAUUCCUGCCUACGGUGUCUCCCUAUUGAAAACAGUUCCUGGUCUAAACAGACUGAAAGCCAAUGAAUCGAAUUUCAUGACUAAGGUGGGCAUAGAUGCUGUUUUAUCAGCAGUUGUUCUUCCAUCUGAGGUGGCUUUUAAGAAUGUAUAUGGGUAUAACUAUUAUGAAAUCAGUAGCCUGAUAGCAGAUACUAUAAACGAAAAGUCCUUUCAACUGGCUAAGUGUUCUCCCAAUUCAGAACCGAUGAAUACGGUAAAAGGUGGAAGUUUAGAACCGUGGAACAAGAUGGAUUCAUGUUUAGCCGGCGUAGAAACGUUCAUUGAAUUACUUACAAGCUGUAAUACAAUUAUCACAUGUGUAUACAAAAAGCCUGAACGGCACAGAUAA